AAAAUGAAUCUCUAAUGGCAACACUUUUUAUGCAAUUUAAUUGCAAUUUCGAGAAAAUGUUUCUGGUUUUCCUGCCGCAAUUAAAGCAUAAUUUUUCUUUUGUUCUGUGAUUUGAAUUGUGUGCUCGAAAUUAUUGCUGCUGUGUCAGUUUUUUUUUCUACUUCCAACCAAAAAUAAUUUGAGGGGUAAGAAUACCAAAAAAAAAAAAAAAAAAAAUAUGCCACAACUUGAAAUACGAACCAAUCUUCAUUUAUCACAAAUUCCUGUGGAUUUUAAUGAAAAAACAACAAAUUUAUUGGCCGAAAUUCAGAAUAAACCAUCAUCGAUGACAUUGAUAUCUGUACUACCAAAUCAAUUGAUAACAUUUGGUGGAACCAAUGAACCUUGUGCAUUAGUAUCACUACAAUCGAUUGGUAAUAUAUCAGCUGAUGAAAAUCGUGAAUCAUGUCGUAGAAUUUUUGAUCAUUUACAAAAUGAAUUAAACAUUUCCAGUAAACGUGUAUUUAUCAAUUAUAUUGAUUUAGCAGCUUAUAAUGUUGCUUGGAAUGGUCGAAUUUAUGAGGAUAUUUUUGCUGAUAAUAAUCCAUCAAUGGAUGAAAACGAUGAUAAACAAGUUGAACAACCUAAUGAUGAUGAUGGUGGUGAUCAAUCGGAAUUGAAAACCGAUGAACCAAUGGCGGAAACCACGGCAGAAUCCGAAGAAAUGGCUAACGAAGAAUAAACAUUGUUGAUUAUUUAAAUUAAAUUAAAUUGUGUUAAUCUAAUUAUAAUAGAUUGUAUUGUAUUGGUUAAUAAAUUGAACAAAUUUAGAUAC